CAGAUGUCAACAGUGAGGGAGACAACGAAGACAGCGAGCAAGAUCAAGGCAGUGGUUCAGGUGACGACAAUGGCAGUGAUACAGGCAGUGGUAGUGAUGUUGACAAUGGGAGUAAUAUGAGCAAUGACAACAACGAGGGCAGUGGUUCAGAUGUCAACAGUGAGGGAGACAACGAAGACAGCGAACAAGAUCAAGGCAGUGGUUCAGGUGACGACAAUGGCAGUGAUACAGGCAGUGGUAGUGAUGAUGACAAUGGUAGUAAUAUGAGCAAUGACAACAACGAGGGCAGUGGUUCAGAUGUCAACAGUGAGGGAGACAACGAAGACAGCGAGCAAGAUCAAGGCAGUGGUUCAGGUGACGACAAUGGCAGUGAUACAGGCAGUGGUAGUGAUGUUGACAAUGGGAGUAAUAUGAGCAAUGACAACAACGAGGGCAGUGGUUCAGAUGUCAACAGUGAGGGAGACAACGAAGACAGCGAGCAAGAUCAAGGCAGUGGUUCAGGUGACGACAAUGGCAGUGAUACAGGCAGUGGUAGUGAUGAUGACAAUGGUAGUAAUAUGAGCAAUGACAACAACGAGGGCAGUGGUUCAGAUGUCAACAGUGAGGGAGACAACGAAGACAGCGAACAAAAUCAAGGCAGUGGUUCAGGUGACGACAAUGGCAGUGAUACAGGCAGUGGUAGUGAUGAUGACAAUGGUAGUAAUAUGAGCAAUGACAACAACGAGGGCAGUGGUUCAGAUGUCAACAGUGAGGGAGACAACGAAGACAGCGAGCAAGAUCAAGGCAGUGGUUCAGGUGACGACAAUGGCAGUGAUACAGGCAGUGGUAGUGAUGUUGACAAUGGGAGUAAUAUGAGCAAUGACAACAACGAGGGCAGUGGUUCAGAUGUCAACAGUGAGGGAGACAACGAAGACAGCGAACAAGAUCAAGGCAGUGGUUCAGGUGACGACAAUGGCAGUGAUACAGGCAGUGGUAGUGAUGAUGACAAUGGUAGUAAUAUGAGCAAUGACAACAACGAGGGCAGUGGUUCAGAUGUCAACAGUGAGGGAGACAACGAAGACAGCGAGCAAGAUCAAGGCAGUGGUUCAGGUGACGACAAUGGCAGUGAUACAGGCAGUGGUAGUGAUGUUGACAAUGGGAGUAAUAUGAGCAAUGACAACAACGAGGGCAGUGGUUCAGAUGUUAACAGUGAGGGAGACAACGAAGACAGCGAACAAGAUCAAGGCAGUGGUUCAGGUGACGACAAUGGCAGUGAUACAGGCAGUGGUAGUGAUGAUGACAAUGGUAGUAAUAUGAGCAAUGACAACAACGAGGGCAGUGGUUCAGAUGUCAACAGUGAGGGAGACAACGAAGACAGCGAGCAAGAUCAAGGCAGUGGUUCAGGUGACGACAAUGGCAGUGAUACAGGCAGUGGUAGUGAUGUUGACGAUGGGAGUAAUAUGAGCAAUGACAACAACGAGGGCAGUGGUUCAGAUGUCAACAGUGAGGGAGACAACGAAGACAGCGAACAAGAUCAAGGCAGUGGUUCAGGUGACGACAAUGGCAGUGAUACAGGCAGUGGUAGUGAUGAUGACAAUGGUAGUAAUAUGAGCAAUGACAACAACGAGGGCAGUGGUUCAGAUGUCAACAGUGAGGGAGACAACGAAGACAGCGAGCAAGAUCAAGGCAGUGGUUCAGGUGACGACAAUGGCAGUGAUACAGGCAGUGGUAGUGAUGUUGACAAUGGGAGUAAUAUGAGCAAUGACAACAACGAGGGCAGUGGUUCAGAUGUCAACAGUGAGGGAGACAACGAAGACAGCGAACAAGAUCAAGGCAGUGGUUCAGGUGGCGACAAUGGCAGUGAUACAGGCAGUGGUAGUGAUGAUGACAAUGGUAGUAAUAUGAGCAAUGACAACAACGAGGGCAGUGGUUCAGAUGUCAACAGUGAGGGAGACAACGAAGACAGCGAGCAAGAUCAAGGCAGUGGUUCAGGUGACGACAAUGGCAGUGAUACAGGCAGUGGUAGUGAUGUUGACAAUGGGAGUAAUAUGAGCAAUGACAACAAUGAGGGCAGUGGUUCAGAUGUCAACAGUGAGGGAGACAACGAAGACAGCGAGCAAGAUCAAGGCAGUGGUUCAGGUGGCGACAAUGGCAGUGAUACAGGCAGUGGUAGUGAUGAUGACAAUAAUAGUAAUAUGAGCAAUGACAACAACGAGGGCAGUGGUUCAGAUGUGACGGACGAUAAGGAUGACAACACUGAAGAGUUUGAGGCCAGUGGUUCAGAUGAUGACUCUGAAGAAACUGAGGAUAAUGAGGAAAAUGAUACCAGUGGUAGUGACCUCAGCAGUGGAAGUGGUUCAGAUGAGGACAGUGAAGUAAAAGAUGACAUUGAAGAAUUUGUGAGCAGUGAAACAAAUGAAGACGUUGGUACUGAUCCAGGCAAUGAAAGUGAAUCCAAUGGCAGUGAUACAGGCAGUGGUAGUGAUGAUGACAAUGGUAGUAAUAUGAGCAAUGACAACAACGAGGGCAGUGGUUCAGAUGUCAACAGUGAGGGAGACAACGAAGACAGCGAGCAAGAUCAAGGCAGUGGUUCAGGUGACGACAAUGGCAGUGAUACAGGCAGUGGUAGUGAUGAUGACAAUGGUAGUAAUAUGAGUAAUGACAACAACGAGGGCAGUGGUUCAGAUGUCAACAGUGAGGGAGACAACGAAGACAGCGAGCAAGAUCAAGGCAGUGGUUCAGGUGACGACAAUGGCAGUGAUACAGGCAGUGGUAGUGAUGAUGACAAUGGUAGUAAUAUGAGCAAUGACAACAACGAGGGCAGUGGUUCAGAUGUCAACAGUGAGGGAGACAACGAAGACAGCGAGCAAGAUCAAGGCAGUGGUUAGGUGACGACAAUGGCAAGUGAUACAGGCAGUGGUAGUGAUGAUGACAAUGGUAGUAAUAUGAGCAAUGACAACAACGAGAGCAGUGGUUCAGAUGUCAACAGUGAG